AUGCAGCACGCCCAGUUCUCCCCCUCUCCGCCUUCGUCUGCCCGGCGCCCCGGAGACGACUCGCAGCGCGCGCCGCAGGCGGCCUUGCUCUACGCCCAGGCGCAGCAACUGCCCUCGAUCACGCCCGCGACCGCGCCCGCCACUCGCGGGCGGUCAUCCUCGCUGAUCGCGAGCUCGGCGUUCGCGGGCGGAGGCUCGGUGCCCCGCCUGCCCCCGAUCAUGCAGGUGGAGAAGCAGCAGGUGACGACGAGCGCGACGCAGGCGGCGAGCGCGAGCCGGCGGCGCAACGAGGCGAACUUUGUGUGCCCCGUUCCCGGCUGCGGCAGCACUUUCACGAGACGGUUCAACCUGAGAGGCCACCUCCGUUCGCAUACCGCGGAACGGCCGUUCCUGUGCGAGUGGCCGGGGUGCAACAAGGGCUUCGCGCGCCAACACGACUGCAAGCGCCACCAAGCGCUGCACACGUCCAGGUCGCAGUCGAACGUCUGCCAGGGAUGUGGGAAGACGUUCAGCCGGCUGGACGCCCUGAACCGUCACCUGCGCUCCGACGGAGGGGCCGAGUGCCGCCACGCGACGGAGGCGGCGAACAUCGCGAACCGGAUGAGCCCGCAAGAGGAGGAGUGGGAGAAUGGGAGCAAUUCGACCGAACGCUCGACGGACCGGCCCUCGCGCCGGUCGCCGACGCGCACCUCGACGAGGUGA